GGCUAAGAUCGCAGGUAAGGAAGGCGGCGACGGUGUAACUCGACAGGGGCGUCAUGGAGGGACAACGGAGAACAAUCAAGACCGAGACGUGCGGCGGGCGGUGUUGGUAAUCUCACCUCCAGCAAUCCAACGCUCAAGACGGGAGCGGCGGUUCAGUGCUUACGUAGUGAUUGGGCCUGGUGAAGUGAACCUGGCUGUUGUUGCCCUCGCCGAUAGUGCUAACUUUAACUAGCUUCGCGGUCCUCGAUCCAGCACAUCGAACUCGGCCCACAUUCGAGCGAUCGCCGCGGAGAGACAACCCGACCAGUCACUCCCUCUUGGCCUCCGCCAAUGUUUCCCAUGCCCAACAACAGGUGAUACCAAGAGCGCCGACGCUCUUCCUUGGUCUGGGGGUCAAGCAAAUCUGCAGCUUUGAACGAAGUUGCGGGAAGACACGAUGGCGUCCUCCUUCGCCUUGCCCGCUUCAACGAUUUCCCACCAUCACCACCAUGGGUCGGACAAUGCCUGCUCCCACUCGCACUCCUCGUCUUUGAACUCCUUGAGUCCCUCGCGGAAUCGCAAAGAGCCGCGGCCGGCCGGCGCCCACUCUCAUGCUCGGAACCAUCAUCAUGACCACAACCAUUCCCACUAUCGAGCAAACACGAACCUUCCCAUGCAAAUAAACGUCCCCCCUCCAUUAGCGCCCAGCGCGCAAUGGAAAAUAGAAUCAACUCCCGGGGGGAAGACACUGGUAUCACCAACCGCUGCCAGCUUCGAUGCCGCUGGUGUGUAUGAGCCGCCGGUCGACUCGGGGUCGCGUUCGCAUUCACAUUCACAUUCACAUUCGCAUCCACAUUCGCACCACGACCCCCACAACAAUCACCACGCACCGCGCUCGAGGUUUACGGAGCUCUUGUGUUCAUAUACCUCCGGGUGGCCAUUGUUCCACACGGUGUUGCUAGAAAAGGACUCCAGACGGAUAUUCUACUUCAUGAGCUUGAACCUAGCCUUUAUGAUGGUACAGGCUUUCUACGGGUACGUGACGGAUUCGCUUGGCCUUCUCAGUGAUAGCGUCCACAUGUUCUUCGACUGUGUCGCCCUGGCAAUUGGGCUCUUUGCCGCUGUGGCAAGCAAAUGGCCUCCCAGUGAAAGAUUCCCGUAUGGCUUUGGGAAGAUUGAGACCCUGAGCGGUUUCGGCAAUGGGGUUUUCCUGAUACUGAUCAGUGUGGAAAUCAUGUCCGAGGCUUGCGAGCGGAUAAUCGAGGGCAGAGAGACAAAGAGGCUCGGAGAGCUGUUUGUGGUCAGUACCCUCGGCCUGGUGGUCAACUUGGUGGGCAUGAUGGCAUUUGGCCACCACCACCACGGGCACGACCAUGGCCACGGCCAUUCACAUGGCUGCAAUGGGCAUGCUCAUGGUCACCAGCAUCCUCACGACCACGAUCAUGACCACAGUCACUCGCACAGCCAUGGGCCUUCCAGCGAGAAGCACGGGCACGCCCAUUCCCACUCGCACUCGCACUCGCACUCGCACUCGCACUCGCACUCGCACUCGCACGACAACGAAAACAUGUACGGCAUCUACCUCCACGUGCUAGCCGACACGUUAGGAAGCGCCGCCGUCAUCGUGUCGACAAUUCUCACCCGCUUUUGGAAGUGGUCGGGCUGGGACCCGCUCGCAUCCUUCCUCAUCGCGGUCCUGAUUCUGCUCUCAGCCCUGCCGCUGGUGAAGUCGUCCGCGCGGAGGCUGCUCCUCACGAUCCCGCCCGAGGUCGAGUACAACCUGCGCGACACGCUCUCCGGCAUCACGAGCCUGCGAGGCGUCGUCGGCUAUGCGGCGCCCAAGUUCUGGAUCGACGACCGGAACACCGGGAAAGGGUCACAGCAGAAUCGGCUGUUGGGGGUGAUGCACGUCGUGGCGGCGAGGGGCGCAGAUAUGGAGGACGUGCGUGACCGGGUGCGGAAUUAUCUCCUCGAGCACGGCAUCGACAUCACCCUUCAAGUGGAGCGGGAAGGCGAUACGAGCUGCUGGUGUGGAGUGGGUCGGAGCCCGCUGGCGCAGUCGCAUAGGUCGAGUAAGAGUGUCGGCAUCUUCUAGAGGGCGUGGGUGGUGCGUCGGCGCGGAGCUGGUCAGGAUACGGAUUCGGCGAUCUUGGAUGUCGGUUGGUUUUGUCUGUGGGUAAUACCGGUUGGCAAAUUUCCCGCCAUGGUUCG